GCGCACGCAGGGAAACUUUCUGCCUCCUCAAUGGAUGGAUGAGCCAAGCGGUUCCUCCCUCCCUGGAUUACCUGAGCUUCAUCCUAGAAGAGAAAAGCUGGAGCCUGGGAAUGGUCAUUGGCUUGGGGAGCACACAGGAGUCCAGCUCUGACACCUGACAGCUCCAAAACUGGGUCCUGCCACGGCUGCAAGGGAAGAGCCCACGACCUCUGAGCACAUACAGGGGAUAUUUCCUUAUCUAUCUAUUUAUUUUAUAUGCAUCUUGCCAUCCUUCACGCCUUAUUUAUAGUGAAAGUUGUUGCCCACCCAUUGAGUUUUCCAGGGAAAAGGGGAAACCUCAAAAUUCCCUUGCGGAGACUGUGUGUGAUGAGGAUGAAGAGGAGGAGAAUAACCAGGAGCUUGCUGUAGGCGGGAGACCUUCUCUUUAAAGUAGAGCAGUUCUGCUUCAACAUCGUGCUUGGGUCAGUCUGUCCUCCUGACAUAUCCCUGAAGCAUCCGUCUGUCUACCCUUCUUCUGCAAAGAUGAUGCUCAAUUCGGACCAGACAGAGAUUGACCUGCCCCCGACACACUCCGAGUCCGAGUCCGUCUUCAGCGACUGCGGUGGUGUCCACACGGGCAGCGUGGAGGAUGCCGGCACUGUCGGCUUGUGCGCUCAGUCCCGGGUGGCCGAGCCAGGAGAAGCUGUGAAGAAGGAUCUGCAGCACCUGAGCCGGGAGGAACGUCGGCGCCGGCGCCGUGCCACAGCCAAGUACCGGACAGCCCACGCCACGCGGGAGCGCAUCCGCGUCGAGGCCUUCAACAUGGCCUUUGCCGAGCUGCGGAAGCUGCUGCCCACCCUCCCACCAGACAAGAAGCUCUCCAAGAUCGAGAUCCUGCGCCUGGCCAUUUGCUACAUCUCCUACCUGAACCAUGUGCUGGACGUCUGAGCCGCCCAGCCUCUGUCCGUCUGUCUGUCUGCACAUCUCCUACCUGAACAUGUUCUGGGCAUCCGAGCCAAGACCUCAAGUCCGUCUGUCCACCUACGACCUGAACCACGUGUUAGGCAUCCAAAAUGCUGUGCCUGUGUUCAUCCGUCUGUUCAAAUGGACCAAGCCCCCAGCUGUCUGCUCUACCCCCUGUCUGAACUAUGUCCUGUAUUUCCCCGCCACCAAGCCCAAGUCCGUCUGUCUUUCCAUCCUGCUUGAGUCAGGCUGGAUGUUUGGUCCAUCAGCCAUCUGUCUGUCCUGCUGGAUCUGCUGCCUGAAGCCUGUGCUGGCUGUGUAUGCUUCCAACUUCUGUCCAUCCUUCUGCUGCACAUCCCACUAAUGCUGCCUACUGGAUCCUGAGUCCAUCAGUCUGUCCGCCCCAUCUGCUCCCCGACCAACACACAGCAGGAGCCACUGAGCCCAAGUCUGUCUGUGUGUCACCUCUUUAAUACGAGCCUCAAAGAAAUAGAUCUGUGAAACACUGCCGCACCAAGCAGCCCCGGGGGCUUGUCCAUCUGUCUGUCUGCGCCUUCUGCCACCAGCCACCCCACCAGCACAGCCAGUGUGGGCAUUUUGUCUGUUCGCUGCUGUUCUGCCCCUGGGCAUCGUGCUGGGCAUGUAAAGGACCACAUCAGGACGAUCCAGGACGAUCAGACUGGGCCCAGGAGCACCCUCGGGCGCAGAGCAGCUCCCUGGCUUUUCACACCCCUAAAGGAAGCACAAAGUGUGGUGCAGAUCUGGCAGGACCUGGCCACACUUUCCACGGAUGACAGUGGUGGUUUCCCCUUGAGAAGGAGCACAGAAGGGUGCUUGUUGUGCUGCCUGCGAGGUGUCGGCACAGCUGCCGGCUCAGCUCCCAUUCCAGGCUGGAGCAGCACCCAGGGGCUCUCCAAGCCCCUCUGUUGCACAUGGGGUCUCCCCAAAGCUCAGCACUCUGCUCCCCAGAUCCAUGCAUCCCAAGCUUUGCUGCCCAACCUUCUUUUGCACUAGUGCAUAGUGAGUGUGAAGCCUCCCUGGUCUGGUCUGUAGCACCAACAGACACAACCACCCCAGGGCACCAGCACUUCAUCCCUCCCUACUCUUCCUCUGUCUCCCCUUUGGUGUUCCUGGUGAAAAAGGCUUGGGGGGCAGGGGGUCACAAGCGUGGCAUGUGCCCCAGCACAGGGGACACCAGCACCCACCUCUGUUCGCAUGUAAAGAGGCUUCACCCUGGGGUGCCACGGCCCCCCCCAUUUACACCAGUAUGACACUGGUGCAGCGUGACCUUCCACAGCACGUGCUGUGCUGGGGUAAACUGCACUUUACCUGCGGCUGGCAGGGCGGUGAGGUUGGAGAAGGGAGGAAGGAGGCACAGCCCCAUUCCCAGCUUCCAGCAGCUGGGGUUCACCCCGAUCCUCCCAAACGUGGAUCAGCACUGUGGGAGCGGGAAGGGAAAGCAGAGCCAAGCAGCCUUUUCUCCAGCAAGGGCAGGCUGAGGCUGAGGAAAGCUCAUUGCAGAAGUGAAUGUUUUGCCUUGCUUUGAUGGAGGUUUGGUUGGUUUAAGAGUUCAUUUUGCACUGGCAGUGGCAAGACCUCCUGGCUCUAUCCCACCCGGUCUCUGCUGCCAGCUCCCAGUGCCACCUCACUCUGUACCUCAUUCCCCCCUCCCCAUAAAAGUAGGGAAUAAUCGCUACCUCUGUCUCACAAGGACUCAUCAGUGAAUGGGGGAUCCCAGAGGGAUCAAGCAGCACAUCCCAGAGCUGGCUCCCCCAUUCCUGCACCGCGGGGCAGUGGCCAAGCAAACCCAGAGCAGGGCAGCCCACCCUUCCCCUCCACUCACCAGCCACGUCUCUGUACCACAAGGAUAUUUAUUGAAUUAAUUUAUUGAUAAAUGUUAUUAUUAUUUAUUUGCUGUGUUGUGCACUUUGGGGAAAGGGAAACUAGAAAACAAAACAAGAAAACAAACCCAGAAUGACCACGGUGGAAAACCAGCCAAGCCACCCUCAUCCGUGGUGUGCCCCAGCAUCUGUUUGUCUUGGCUGUUCAGACUGUGCAAGGAUUUCGUAUUUAUGAGUUCACAAGGAAGUUGGGAACGGGGAAAUGAAUUAAACUGCCAGCAAAAGAGGGAUCUUG